CGCGAUCCGGCCGCUCUGCCUCGGCACUGUGAGAAGGAACUCCAGCCACAGUCGACCACACCGACCUGCCUGGUCUUUGUCAUCCAGCUUCAAAAACACAUCUUGUGUUAAAGCAGCUUCACUUCUGCCUCCUCGACCACGUCAGGGACAAGAUGAACGGCACAAUGGACGGGAACUACGACCUAGCCCCCCACGACGGGUCCUUCAUGUUCACCUCGGAGUCCGUGGGAGAGGGGCAUCCCGAUAAGAUAUGUGAUCAGAUCAGCGAUGCUGUGCUGGACGCUCACCUGAAGCAAGACCCCGACGCCAAAGUGGCUUGUGAGACGGUGUGUAAGACGGGCAUGGUGCUUCUUUGUGGCGAGAUCACGUCCUGCUCCUACGUGGACUACCAGAAGGUGGUGAGAGACACCAUCCGCCACAUCGGUUACGACAACUCAGACAAAGGCUUUGAUUAUAAGACCUGCAAUGUGCUGGUGGCCCUGGAGCAGCAGUCCCCCGAUAUUGCACAGGGAGUUCACAUCGAUCGCCUGGAGAGCGACAUCGGAGCGGGAGAUCAGGGUCUGAUGUUUGGAUACGCCACAGACGAGACAGAAGAGUGCAUGCCUCUCACCAUAGUCCUCGCCCACAAACUCAACGCCAAGAUGGCCGAACUCAGACGAAACGGGACGGUGCCCUGGCUCCGGCCGGACUCCAAGACCCAGGUGACAGUUCACUACACCCAGGAAAAUGGCGCCGUGAUCCCCAAGAGGGUCCACACGGUGGUGAUCUCCGUGCAGCAUGACGACAACGUGAGCCUGGAGGAGCAGAAGAAGGUCCUGAAGGAGAAGGUCAUCAAAGCGGUGGUGCCGUCGAGGUACCUGGACGGGAACACCAUCUACCACCUGCAGCCCAGCGGGCGGUUCGUGAUCGGUGGACCACAGGGUGAUGCCGGUGUGACGGGCAGGAAGAUCAUCGUGGACACGUACGGAGGCUGGGGGGCCCACGGCGGCGGGGCCUUCUCCGGGAAGGACUACACCAAGGUGGACCGCUCGGCCGCCUACGCCGCCCGCUGGGUGGCCAAGUCCCUGGUGAAGGCCAGACUGUGCCGGAGGGUCCUGGUGCAGGUGGCGUACGCCAUCGGAGUGGCUCAUCCUCUGUCCAUCUCCCUGUUCACCUACGGCUCCUCCCAGAAGAGCGAGAAGGAGCUGCUGCAGAUCGUCAAGAAGAACUUUGACCUCCGACCCGGCGUCAUCGUCAGGGACCUGGACCUGAAGAGACCCAUCUACCAGAAGACGGCCUGUUACGGACACUUUGGCAGGAAGGAGUUUCCCUGGGAAGUCCCAAAGAACCUCAACUUGUAGUGUGUGUGUGUAUGUGUUUGUGUUUGUGUGUGUGUGUGUGUGUGUGUGUGUGUGUGUGUGUGUGUGUGUGUGUGUGUGUGUGUUUUGGGAGCUGUCCUGGUCCUCCUGUAACCCAGUAGGAGAAAGGCAGCUGCCAGCCAACAGGGGAGGGGAGGGAGGGCAGGGUCAGGGUGGGGAGCAGAUAACCUCCGGCCAUUGGACGGAGGAAAGAGGAAUCGUCUGUAAUUUAUGACUUCGUAGCCCCUGAAGAAAUACGAGAGCGGCGUUUGGUAUUUCUGUCCCGUGUGGCGUCACGUGUCCGCGGUUUGUGUCACACGAGGAGAAACUACUUUGAAACUAUAUUCUUAAGGGAAUGACCAAAUCACUAAGGGAGAAAAAGCCAUGCAGACUCUAGCAGAACCACGACGAGGCCUUCAGAACAACCAUUCACCCACAGUUCUGUCACUAUUUUUGUAUUUUUGCGCCGUGUCUGCAGGUUCCUCCAAAGAUCUUAAAAGUUUUUACAAACAGAAAAA